AUGCCACCCGUCACCAUCAUUAGCAUGCCACCAGUCGCCAACACUAGAAUUCCAGUUGCCACCACCACUAGCAUGCCAUUGGUUUCCAACACUAGUAGGCCACCCGUUUCCACCACUAGCAUGCCACAUGUCACCACCACUAGCAGGCCACCCAUCACCACCACUAGUACUGGCAGGCAACACGUCGCCAUCACAAGCAGGCCACCCAUCACCACUACUAGUACUGACAGGCCACCCGUCGCCAUCACUAGCAUGCCACCCGUUGCCACCAAUAGCAGACAACCCAUCGCCAUCACUAGUACUGGCCGGUCACCAGUCGCCAUCACUAGCAGGCCAGCCACUGCCACCACUAUUACUGGCAGGCCACCCGUUACCACCACUAGCAUGCCACAUGUCACCACCACUAGCAGGCCACCUAUCACCACCAAUAGUACUGGCAGGCCACCCGUCGCCAUCACAAGCAGGCCACCCUAG